UGUAGCUACUGUAACACCGACCGUAUUCGACAGCAGGAAACGUCAAGUGAAGGAUUCAGAAAAAAUAUCGAUGCAUCAGAAACAUCGAUGUUUGAUAUUCGAUGCAUCGAAUAAAACCGAUGCUUUGGCAGCCUUAUUAUGUAUCUCGAACGAUAGGCCGCACGAACGAUUCGUCUGUAGGCGAUAUCGUCACGGAUUGCUUUUGUAACUCUGUCGUUCGUCUUCGUCUUGUCUUUACGUCGAUUACGUUGCAAUCGUCUCGGUUACGUUGUAUGAUGUUGCCGGAUGAAAUUUUGAUGUACUUCCAAAGAGUUUUUCUUAGAUUUCUAAUAGCUUAUUUCAAUGCAUUUUAUUUUAAAUCGGCAACAUCGGAAUUGUUUACAUUUUGGUUUUGCUUAAAAGUGUUUUGGUUGUGUUGCGGAAAGAAAUAUAAGGAAAAUAAAUUUUUAUAAAUGUAUUGCUAUAGCGCUAAUAGACGCCGAGGAAUCCGAAGAAAGGGAAAGGCGGAUACAGAGGAGGAGAUUGCGAGACCACACCAAUGUAAUGGAACUACCUGAGACUGAAUUUGUUGCAAAUUUCCGAAUCAAUAAAGAAAUAUUCCAAUACAUAUUAAACGAAUUAAAAGAGCACAUGGCUCCAUCACAUAGAAGCACCCACCUAUCGCAGUUACCAAAAAUCUGUUGGUAACGAAAAUAUUUCGUCGAUGGGGCAGUCAACUGCAGCCAACGUGAUCAGGGAAUGCCUAAAUAUUUUUGAGGACCAUUUUUGCCAGAAAUGGGUGAAUUUUAGGAGAAACAUCGAUGAGGAAAAUGCAGUUAAAGAAUAUUUCUUUGAGAAAUACGGAAUACCUGGGGUUAUUGGUUGUGUUGAUGGAACACACGUUCGUAUUAAGUCGCCAGGAAGUGACAACCACUAUUUAUACCUCAACCGCAAGGGUUUUUACAGUCUUAAUGUAAUGGCGAUCUGCGAUCACAACAUGGUAAUCACAUUUGUUGACGCUAGGCAUCCAGGGGCGAAUCAUGAUUCAUUUGUUUGGAAUGUGAGUCACGCAGAACAGGAGCUAAAAUCUGAUUAUAACAAUGGAAAAUCCAACACAUGGCUACUCGCCAUACUUGAUGACGCCAUUCAGAAGCGCAGCACAUGAAAUUCGACGAAUUUACAACACAAAGCACUCGAAAGCUCGUAAUGUAAUUGAGAGAUGUUUCGGUGUUUUGAAAAAUCGAUUUCGAUGUAUAAUUGGCUCGAGAAGGCUACAUUAUUCACCAGAAAAAGUUACACAAAGGCUGAAUUUCUUUAUUCAUUCUGAACGUUUGGUAUAAACUUUUCUGUUUAUUUAUUCUUUAGAACGUUCCUGAUGAUAUGUUGACGUAUAUUUCAAACGCAUUCUGUUUAUUCCGGCUGUGAAAUGGGAUUAUCCGGAAUGUAUAAAGAAACGCAGCCAAAU